AUGAGUGCGGUGUUCGCCGAUCAGUUGAAGAAGGUGCUGACUUCGUGGGAAGGCCCGCAGGUACGAACAGCAGGCGGUCACGUCAUAACACCAAAGGGAAGGUGCACAGCUCGUGUGGAUGUGGAAGGGCAUACGUACCCUACUGUUUUCGUCGUCCUGGACCAGUGCUCUCGGAACGUCAUUCUCGGUGCGGACUUCCUUUCGGCAAACAAUGCAAUCAUAGAUCUUCGAGCGCAAACAAUCACCCUGUCACCAGAUACGGGCGUCACGCGAAAUCCAAGUCCUGCAUUAUCAGCGGCGCUAAUGAUUCUCGAUGAGCACGUCACAUUGCCACCACGCUCGAGUGCUGUCAUCCCCGUGGGCGCUGACAGCUGCAUCUGCGCGGAAGGUUUGGUCGAGGCCAACCAGAGUUUGCUCUUUGAAAAAGGUUUGGCUAUCGCCAGAGGAAUCGUUCACAUCGUUGAAGGAACCGUCAGUGUACGAAUCACUUAUUUCUGCUCGGAAUAUCGUCACCUUGCAAAAGGCACCACUGUGGCACUAUUCGAGACCAUCCCGGACAUAAGCGAUGUACUCACGAUCGUCGACGCACUCCAUCCUCGUACACAUGACGUGUUCUUUAACAAGAAUCCGGCGUUGCCCCUGGAAAGACACGAAAGGCUGCGGAAACUGCUCUAUAGCUACCAGGGUUGUUUCGCCACGUCACCCAAGAUCCGCCAGACAACGCUUGUGAAACAUCGCGUCAUAACUGAUGAAAAUGUGCAACCAAGUCACCAAUCGCCGUACCGUGUGUCCAUGAAAGAGCGCGAGGCAAUCCGGAAACAGGUACAAGAAAUGCUUCAUGACAACAUCAUUGAGCCCUCCCAAAGCCCGUGGGCUUCCCCUGUAGUGAUCGUGAAAAAACGGGACGGCACUCUGCGUCGACUAUCGCCGACUCAAUAA